CCCGCCCGCGUGACCCCAACGCCCGGGCCGGCGCUUCCGGAGCGGUUGUGGUUGGGAUAUAAGGCGCCGAGGCCGAGGCGCGCUCGGCUCUGAGCGUUAGCUUCGUCUGCGCGGCGCCCCGCCCGUCCCCCAGAUUUGGCAUUCGACACUGAAGUCAUCAUGAACUUUUUCCAACUCCUGAGGAAAAAGAAGGAGCUUAUUCCUUUGGUGGCGUUCAUGACCGUGGCGGCGACUGGAGCUACGUCUUUUGCUCUAUAUUCCCUUCGAAAAACCGAUGUGAUCAUUGAUCGAAAAAGAAAUCCAGAACCUUGGGAAACUGUGGAUCCUAGUGUACCUACAAAGCUUAUAACAAUCAACCAAGAAUGGAAGCCCAUUGAAGAGUUGCAGAAGGUCCGAAGGGCAACCAAAUGACCAGCCCUCGCCCCUUUCUUCCCAAGAGUACUCUAUGAAUCUAGUGGAAACACUUCUGCACAAACUAGAUUAUGGAUACCAGUGUGCGGAAAUGCUUCUGCUACAUUUUUAGGGCUUGCCUACUUUUUCGGACUCUGGAUAAGGAAUUUUAAAGAUAGUGCAGUGAUAACCACGUAGUCCAAAAAUAAGUUUCUAUGUUUAUUUUCUUGUUGUAAGUUUGACUUUUGUGUACUGAAAUUUUUAUGUUUAUGAUGCCUGACUGUUUUCCUUGAAAUGUAUAAAGAUUUGUAAAUUAGAUUGUCUGUAAUAAAAUACCAUUUGUGCAAGAUUUCUUAAAGAUUAGAUACAUAUUUAAA